AUGGCUCCAUCACUUUUACAGGUUGGGCUUGUGUUGUGGAACUUGUUCCUCCGCUGCCAGUGUUGCUGCACGGACCACAAUAGAGAGAGCACAGCAACAAUGGCGACGUCCCUUCUGAGAAUAGGGCGACUCGGGUCGGUCAAGGGUAGAGUAUGGAGUGUGUUGCGGACUCCUGCUGCCAGUGUGUGUACCAAGCCACCGGAGCCCAAAGCAGCCAGACCCCCCGCCGCACCCAGGUUGACAGAUGAGGAGCGUUUGGCCCUGUUGGCCUAUAAGACGCCAGUCUCCUUCCCCACCAAACUCCUCCCCCCUAGCGUCGUCACGGCAGUAGAACCGCCAGCAGUAGCAGCAGCUGCAGAACCCGCCGUUGCCGCCGCAACUGCAGCGACAGAAUCCGCCGCAGUUGCAGAAACUGCUUCAGAACCAGAACCCGCCGUUCCUGCUGCCGCUGCAGAAUCAGAAUCCGCCGAAAUCGCUAAAGAACCAGCAGCCACAGAAGCCAGCGAGGCCUUAGAGGCGCUACCUCAGGAAGAAGCCGUCGCUGCAGAACUAGCAGCAGCCGCCACACAGGCCUCAGAGGCGCCAGCAGCCCCAGAGCCCAGUCCAGAGCCUGUAGUGGCUGAGGCAGCAGCAGUAGAAGCAGCACCUGUGACAGAAGCAGCAGCUCCAGCAGAAGCAGCAGCAGAAGCGCCAGCAACAGUAGAGGCAGCUGCCCCAGAGCCCGUUGCGGAAGCAGCAUCAGAGGCUGUGGCAGCAGCAGCAGCAGUAGAAGCGCCAGCAGCAGUAGAAUCAGCGGUAGAGGCAGCUGCCCCAGCAGCCCCAGAGCCUGUAGUGGCUGAGGCAGCAGCAGCAGCAGUAGAAGCAGCACCUGUGGCAGUAGAGGCAGCAGAAGUGGCAGCUCCAGCAGCAGAAGCAGCAGCAGCAGCAGCAGCAGAAGCGCCAGCAACAGUAGAAGCAGCUGCCCCAGAGCCCGUUGCGGAAGUAGCAUCAGAGGCUGUGGCAGCAGUAGAAGCAGCACCUGUGGCAGAAGUGGCAGCUCCAGCAGCAGCAACAGAAGCGCCAGCAGCAGUAGAGGCAGCUGCCCCAGAGCCCGUUGCGGAAGCAGCUGCUGAGGCUGUGGCAGCUCCAGUAGAGCCAGCAGCACCAGAGGCCGUUGUAGAGGCCACUCCAGAGGCAGCACCUGUGGCAGAAGCGCCAGCAGCAGCAGCAGCAGCAGCAGCAGUAGAAGCAGCACCUGUGGCUGAAGCGCCAGCAGCAGUAGAAGCAUCAGAGACAGCACCAGCUGCAGCUGAAGAGGCGAAGACGUCCGAAGCCGCCAAGGAGGCGCCUGCAGAGGUUGCCGUAGAAACGGAGGCUGUCGCCGCGGCAGCAGCCAGCCAGGAUGCAGCAUCAUCAUCCUCCUCCAGCGACUCGGACUCCGACUCGGAUUCAGAUUCGGACACGGAAGCGGAGAAGAAGCCGGAGAUGAAGCUGGAGGCCAAAGAGGCCAUCGCCCCGGAGACCAUCCCCAUGGAGACGGCCGCCCCAGCAGGACCAACAGAGGCAGUGGUGGACGCCGUCUCGGAAGCCGUCACAGAGGCCGUCACCGAGGUCGUCACCUCGGCCACCGAAGCCGUGACCGAGGCCGUCAAGGGGGCCGUGACGGACGCCGUGACGUCGGCUGCUGAGGCCGUGGUGGACGCUGUGAAGGAAGCGGCGACGACAACGACAACGACAGCAGCAACAGCAGCAGCCGAGGAGUUGGUGGACGCCGCCCCAGAGGUCGCCCCAGAAGUCGCUCCAGCAGCAGAAGAGUCAGCAGCUCCGGUAGAAGCAGCAGCAGCAGCAGAGUCAGCAGCCGCCCCCGCAGCUGAAGAGCUGGUCAACGCCGCACCCACGGUGGCAGAAGCUGCACCUGCAUCAGAGGCACCAGUGGAGGCGGAAGCCGCAGCUCCGGCAGAGGAACUCGUGGACGCCGCACCCGUGCAGGCCGAAGCUGCCGUAGAAGCUGAAGCCGCCCCUGCAGAGACGGCUGAUGCUGCCGCUGAUGCUGCUGUCGCUAUAGAAACGGCCGCUGCUGAUGCUGCUGAGCAGCUGGUGGACGCAGCUCCUGUCGUAGAGGGCGUCGCCGAGGAGACGCUGGCCGAGGCGGAAGCUGUAGCUGUUGUUGAUGCUGCUCCUGUGGAAGCAGCCGCCCCUGAGCCUGAGGCUGGUGAAGAAGUCCAAGCAGAAGCAGAAGCCGCCCCCGAGGCCGAAGCUGUUGCUGUUGCGGCCGAAGCUGCUGAGUCCGCCCCCGCACCUGCUGCCGAAGUGGAGGCCGAGGUCGCCGCCCCUGCUGAGGGUGAAGCUGUAGAAGCUGCUGCUGCUGUGGAAGCUGCUGAGGCCCCAGUUGAAGCUGAAGCCGCCCCUGCAGCUGAACUAGAAGCCGCCCCUGCAGCUGAACUAGAAGCCGCCCCUGCAGCAGCUGAGGCGGAAGCUGAGGUGGAGGUUCUAGACCUGGCAGAGGUUCUGAACGCAGCAGAGACUCCAGCUCUGGAGCCAGUAGAGGAGCCGGCGCCGUUUGACAACUCUAAGUACUCCAACCUGCAGCACCACCAGUACAACGAGUACACCUUCUCAGAUUUGGACGUUGAGAUGGCCAAGUACCGACUGCCACAGCCCUCGUCUGGACGCCCGUCACCCAGACACUGAACACACACACACACACACACACACACACACACACACACACUGAACACACACACACACACACACACACACACUGAACACACACACACAGACUACCCCAACCCUCAUCUGGAAGACCAAUCACCCAGACACCCAUUCGGCGUCACACACACACACACAUACACACACCCACACCCACAUACACACACACUCGGGCUGUAAAGUCAGUCUGAUAUCUUAUGUAUUUGAGUGAAUGAGUAAACGUGUUAAUGUUAAUUAAUAAAAGAAUUCUGAUUUUAAACACCAA